AUGGCAGAUAGAGACGGAACCACGCCGUUGCACACAGCAUGUUGUAGGCUCGACAUGCAUAUGACUGAGCUUUGCAUCAAAUACCAGAUUGAAGUCAAUGUCCUUGAUACAAGGAAGAGGAGCGCGCUUCACCGAUUGGUGUCACGCCCUGCGACGAGCAAAAAACAGUGGUACGAUGAUCGAUGGGCAUUGGAUACUUUCAAGACAAUUUUCGGUUCUCUGAUCGAGAAUGGCAUCGAUAUACAUCUAAAGGACGAGAAUGGGAACACUGCGUUGGAUCUGGCGAAACUUAGUGAGGAUGAGAUCGCGAGCUUUCGGUCUUGA